GGACCCCAAACCAGACUUGAUUGAGGAGGCGCUAUCAGUGAAGAAAAAUGGCGAUGGACCGCUCUCUGCAUAUGCCCAGAUUGCCAGUGGGGCAGCUUUGAUGGCAAUAUGUGUAAUGGCAUUCAGCCUGCGCCUCUUCUCUGUCGUCAAGUAUGAGAGUGUGAUCCACGAGUUCGAUCCUUACUUCAACUUCAGAGUGACAAUAUACUUGACGAAGGAGGGGUUCUACAAUUUGUGGAAUUGGUUCGAUGACAGAACAUGGUACCCUCUGGGUAGAGUCGUGGGCGGCACUGUGUACCCGGGUCUGAUAUGGACUGCAGGAGUGAUAUUCAAAGUCCUGCAUGCACUGAAUAUUCCCAUCAAUGUGCAAGAGGUCUGCGUGUUCACAGCCCCUUUGUUCUCAGCGUUCUGCUCCUUGGCGGCAUAUCUGCUCGUCAAGGAGAUCCGCGGGCAAGGAGCAGGCCUGACAGCUGCAGCAUUUAUGGCCAUGGUGCCAUCAUACAUUUCACGCUCAGUGGCUGGAUCUUUUGACAACGAAGGAGUGGCUAUCUUUGCGCUCGUAUUUGUCUUCUUCCUGUAUGUGAAGGCACUCAACACGGGCUCACUCGCGUGGUCAUCGGCAGCUGCUCUGGCCUACCUGUACAUGGUUGCUUCAUGGGGAGGCUAUUCCUUCAUCAUCAACCUUCUGCCCAUCCACUGCCUUGCUUCCAUCUUCACGGGGCGCCUCACUGCAAAGCUGUACAUUGCAUAUGCCCCGCUGAUUGUCUUGGGCACGCUGGAAGCUGCCAGCAUCCCUGUUGUGGGCUUCAAUGCUGUGCUGAUGUCGGAGCACUUCGGGGCUUUCUUUGCUUUUGGCAUCCUUCACGCUGCCUUGGCCAUCCGUUACAUCAAGGACAUACUCCCAGUGAAAGCCUACAACGCUGCAAAGACUUUGGUCCUGACCUGUGGAGUGUUACUGAUGAGCGGAAUCCUCCUUCUUGUCCUUUUCUAUGUGAUGAGCUCGCCAACAUUUGGAUGGACAGGCCGGAGUCUCAGCCUCCUGGAUCCAACAUACGCCUCCAAGUACAUCCCCAUCAUCGCGUCAGUCAGUGAGCAUCAGCCCCCGGCAUGGCCUUCGUACUUCACUGACCUGCAAGCCGCCAGCAUCUUGAUGCCUGCUGGCCUCAUCGCCCUCUUCUGGCCCCUGACUCCGGCAUCCCUGUUCCUCAUCCUGUAUGCCUGCACUGCAGUCUACUUUUCAGGAGUCAUGGUGCGUCUCAUGCUAGUUCUGGCCCCAGCAGCUUGCUGCUUGGCGGGAGUCGCACUGCAUGAGGCUCUGGCCGCUCUCUUCAAGGGCGUGCAUGCCUCUCCGAAAGAGCAGGAGAGCAAGCCGUCAAAAGAGGAUGCCAAGGCAAAGAAGCCCUCGAAGCCCACAAAGGCAAGCUUCUGGUCCAUCGUGCCUGGGUUCUCGGAGACUGGCCGGCCCAUCCCGAGGGACGCAGCCUGGGUAGGACUGGCUGGCCUGGCGUUUGUGGCGGUCUUCUACACAUGGCACAGCAUCUGGGUCAGCGCAGAAAUGUAUUCUGCCCCCUCCAUUGUGAUGCAGACCCGUGGGGGCGACGGCAGCAUCCACAUCUUUGACGACUUCAGGGAGGGGUACUCGUGGCUGCGCUACAACACCCCCGAGGACGCCAUCGUUGCCAGCUGGUGGGACUAUGGGUAUCAGACAACAGCCAUGGCAAACCGCACUGUUCUGGUGGACAACAACACUUGGAACAACACCCACAUUGCCACAGUUGGCAGGGCGAUGGCGUCGCCGGAGAAGCAGGCUUGGGAGAUCUAUCGGGCGCUGGAUGUGACGCAUGUGCUGGUCAUCUUUGGAGGCUUCAUUGGGUAUCCGAGUGAUGACAUCAACAAGUUUCUUUGGAUGGUCCGCAUUGGCGGUGGUGUGUUCCCUGACAUCAAGGAGAAGGACUUUCUGGGAGAGGGUGGCUACCGUGUGGAUUCAAAGGCAGGGAAGGCGUUGUUGGACUGCCUCAUGUACAAGCUGUCUUACUACCGGUAUGCAGAGGCUUCACUGAUGACCACCGGUCAACUGGGCUUUGACCGCGUGCGGAAUGUUCAGAUUGGCAAGAUGGACGUCUCUUUGGAGUACUUUGAGGAGGUGUUCACAUCUGAGCACUGGAUGGUCCGCAUCUACAGAGUCCUUGACAAGCCCGCCAGGGAUGGCAAGCUGCCCAACCCUCGAAGCACACGAGGCAAGCCACGGAAAAGCAGUCCUUCAUGAGUUUUGAUUUGGUAUAUUGUCUUGACAGUAUCAGUGUGGUUCUUUGCAUUGACCGUCAAUGUCGGACAUAGGGGGCUGGCAGUCAUGUGACCUGGUCUCUUCUGGUAGGCACUCUGGCAAGGGCGUUCCCUGCAGAUACACGGCAGGAGGACAAGCACACUACCUGCUUAUAAAUUGCAUCUGGCAGAAUGUAAGCCAUCAUCACUGGGC